UGAGAAAGACAGAGAGGGGCUGGGAUCGAGGCUAGCCCCUUUAUCACUGUCUUCUCUUUAUCCAUGUGUGUAUUUAAACGUGUCUGUCUAGUCUAGGCACGUCUGAAAUCGAUCAAGCUAGGUGAAAGAGAGUCAAUAUAAUGAUGGCUGCAGCUCCUCAGUACUUGCUCUCUGAGCCUUCAAAACAAGAUGAGAGUUUCUCAAAGUCCCUAAAGCGUCACAGCUGCUCGUAUGAGAGCCAUUGUGAUCGUUUCAAGGUAGAGAACAGGGUGUUCAAUCAGCAGUAUUCACACGUGUACUUCAUGCGACUGGCAAAAAUGAGAGAAAGAAUCAAAGAAAUGGCAAAACAGAAAUGGGGAGAGGAUGUACUUAUGAAGAGUCUGGCUGAGCUGGAAAAUACUGAGGGAGAGCUGUGCUGUGUGGUAGGAACCAUAUUUAAGAAGAUGGAGCUGCAGCCAAGCAUUCUCAAGGAGAUCAGUGCAAAGCAUCACCUGACCCCACACCCUCCUCGUACAAAGUACGUUGGGGUCAAUGACAAACUAAUCCUUGAAGAUGAGGUACAAAGAAUCACUCUAACUGGGAACCUGCCAUCACGUGAUCUAGUAACGGGGGUUGUCGUGGCGUUGCUAGGGAGAGACUUACACAACGGGUGCUUCAAUGUGGAGGAGUACUGCUUUGCAGGAGGUACUCAGAAUGAGUGUGCUGAUGAGCCGGUAGUUGGCAUGGAGACAGAUAGUAAAGAGACCAAGUACGUACUGCUGGUGUCAGGACUCAACCUUGGCUCCUCAUGGUCUGACCAGCUGAGUGUCGAGAUGAUGGUCGAUUACGUGACAGGGCAACUGGGAGGACCAGAGGACCAGCAGUUCUGUUCCAACAUUGUCAGGGUCGUAGUGGCGGGUAACUCUAUUACUGAUAAGCCUCUCAAGGCCGAGGGAAAGAAGGAUACUAAGCCCCAGUUCAGUGCUCGGAAUGUCGAUGCUGAGACAGUGGAGGCCAUCAGAGAAGUUGACAAUGUGCUCUCACAACUAGCUAGCUGUGUUCCUGUCGACUUGAUGGCAGGAUCACAUGACCCGUCAAACCACCUGCUACCACAGCAACCACCUCAUCGAUGCAUGUUCCCUCGAGCCAACAAAUAUGGUACUCUGUCUGGAGUCACCAACCCGUACUGUGCCUCGGUGGACGGUGUUAUGUUCCUCGGUACUUCCGGACAAAAUGUUGAGAAUAUUUUUAAGUUCUCCUCUGUUAACGAUAGGCUAACCAUCUUGGAGAACACGUUUCUAUGGCGACACAUCUCCCCCACCUCCCCAGACACACUCAAUUGCUACCCGUUCAAAGGCGAUGAUCCGUUCGUUAUUGAGAAGUGUCCGGAUGUCUACUUUGCAGGCAACCAGCCGUCCUUCCAACAUAAGACUGUGACAGGGGACAAUGGGAAGCCCGUUCUGCUUGUAUCCGUGCCGACCUUUGACCUUACACACAGCUGCGCCCUGGUGAACCUAUCGACAUUGGAGUGCCAAGAGUUGACCUUUGCGACCUCUUUGGAAAGCAAGCCCAACCCCCAAUUGGCUCGGCUACGAGAGAUGGAGGCAGAACUUGAAAAAGGCGUAUCAGUGGGUGGAGCUAGUGGUGACGGGGAGGAGGAGUCUAUUCUGCAUCUCAUGAUGGACAUGGAUGAACUUGAUGAGGACUGACUGUUAGUAUAACAACUUUUUUCAAUCUAUCUCUUGUGUCACAUAAUUAUAUUAUAUACAUGCACAUGCAUGCAUGAUGAUGUAUGUAUAUACUCUUGCAUAAAAAGUAGUGC